CAUCACGUAGGCGAUCUGUAUCUAGAACUCGAGAGACGGAUAAUCCUGAUUGGUGCUGGUACCAUAACCAGUACGGAAAGUCCGCCAGAAAUUGCAGAAAGCCCUGCAAUUUUCCCAACGCGAAAUCCGUCGACGCGAAGAACGUUUCGGGAAACUCCCAAGCUGCACGCGUUAACGGCGACCGUAGCCGGCGAACAUAGCCGUCUUUUAUAUGUCACUGAUGUGAUAACGAGAGUUCGCUACCUAGUAGAUACUGGCGCAGAGGUUAGCGUUCUCCCAGCGAAUUCCGACGACCGGCUACACGAGCCCGUUUUUAAUCUACAGGCGGCAAACGGAAAGCCUAUCGCUACGUAUGGCAAAAGGUAUGUUUAUCUUGACGUGGGUUUACGCAAACCCAUUCACUGGAUUUUUGUUGUUGCAGAUGUUUCUAUGCCAAUCAUUGGUAUGGACCUUCUACAACAACACAACUUAAUUAUCGAUACGCACAAACGGAGGUUAGUAGACGGAAACACUAAUUUAUGUGUUUGCCUGACUUCUUUUUCUGGUUGCAGGUUAUCUCCAGUCACUAUUAAGCACACUAUAGACCACUUCUACCAACCACUACUCGAUAAAUAUUCUGGCAUUUACCAAUCGCAACCGAAAUUGCCGUGUGUAACCAGCAAUGUUACACAUCACAUCACGACUACAGGACCACCUGUCUUCUCGAAAGCACGCCGACUGGCCCCCGAAAACUUAAGGUUGGAGAAAAACGAAUUCGACCAUAUGAUAAAAUUAGGAAUCAUACGACCGUUAAAUAGCCCAUGGGCAUCUCCGUUGUACAUGGCCCCUAAAAAGGACAGCAACGAUUGGCGUCCAACUGGUGACUAUCGGAGAUUGAAUGCAAACACCACUCCCGAUCGUUACCCGUUGCCCCACAUUCACGAUUUGACAGCUACCUUGAAAGGUGCAACUGUCUUUUCAAAAAUCGACUUGGUUAAAGCUUAUAACCAAAUUCCUAUGGCCCCUGAAGACAUUCCAAAAACCGCUAUUAUAACGCCCUUCGGACUCUACGAAUUUUCGCGAAUGCCUUUUUGUCUGAGAAACGCGGUACAGACUUUCCAAAGGUUCAUAGAUGACGUUUUUCGAGGUCUCAACUUCGUACAUGCAUACGUUGAUGACUGUCUAAUAGCAAGUCCGGACAGAGAAUCACAUCUCCAGCAUCUGGACCUUGUUUUCGACCGACUACAAAAACAUGGCAUUACCGUAAACAUUCAGAAAUGCCAAAUCGGAACCGAAUCCUUAGACUUCUUAGGACACACUAUAGAUGCGCAUGGCAUUCGACCCCUUAGAACAAAAGUGGCGGCCAUUCUGGAUUACCCAGAACCGACCACCAUCAAGCAAUUGCGCACGUUUAACGGUCUGGUAAAUUUUUAUAGACGAUUCAUACCGAAAUGCGCGUUACUUAUGAAACCCCUUACCGACCAACUUCGUGGAAAUGCGAAAUCCAUCAAUCUAGAUGACACUACCCGUAAAGCAUUCUCCACGGUUAAGGAACAUAUCGCCCAAGCAGCAAUGCUUGCUCAUCAGGACCCUAAAGCGUCAAUUAGUAUCGCAGUAGACGCAUCCGGCUCAGCAAUCGGAGCAGUCUUACAACAAUGGGUUAACCACUCCUGGCAACCUUUGGCAUUUUGCUCUAGACGGUUGCUAGACACUGAAUCGAGGUACAGCACAUUCGGUAGGGAACUCCUAGCUAUGUAUUAUGCUGUCCGGCAUUUUCAACACUAUAUCGAAGGCCGUGAAUUUACCAUUUUUACCGAUCAUAAACCACUUACCUUCACCUUAAGCUCAUCUUCGGACAAGUACUCACCACGUGAGUCUCGACAACUGGACUACAUUUCGCAGUUUACUUCAGACAUUCGACACAUUUCUGGAGCAAACAAUGUAGUUGCAGACGCCUUGUCUCGUAUAAAUUCCUUGAAUAGUUCCGAAGGAAUCGACCUUUUAAAACUCGCCCAACUUCAAAAAGAAGACAGUGAUCUUCAGCACGAGUUGGCCUCAACAACACUUAAACUGCGCAUUAAACAGAUGGGAACAGGUAAGGAAACCUUACUGUGUGACACAUCUACAGGUAGGGAUCGCUCAAUCGUGCCGAAACAAUAUCGACGCAACGUCUUCGAUACGUUGCACAAACUUUCUCAUCCAGUUGUUCGUGCAACCAUCAAGCUUAUAGCAGAACGGUUUUGCUGGCUUGGUAUGAAUAAAGAUGUGAGGGAGUGGGCACGCUUCUGUGUAAGCUGCCAGAAAUCUAAGGUUAUUAGGCAUAACAAAUGUCCCUUAGGCUCAUUUAAAACUCCAGAUGCUCGCUUCGACCAUGUUCAUUUUAUCUUUUAACCUGCUUAUACCGCUUUACUCGAUGGCCAGAAGCAGUACCCAUCAAAGACAUCACUGCUGAAACAGUGGCCCGCGCUUUCGUCGAACUAUGGGUAGCAAACUUCGGCUGCCCAACAACAAUCACUACAGAUCGUGGACGUCAGUUUGAAUCUGAACUGUUCCGUUGUCUGACCGCAAUAUUAGGAAUCACUCGCUUCCGAACGACGGCCUACCAUCCACAAGCAAACGGGUUAGUAGAACGUUUUCACCGACAACUAAAAGCGCCACUAUCAGCCUCAAACAUUUCUCAGUGGACUGACGCUCUUCCACUCGUCUUACUAGACAUACGCAAUGCAGUGAAAUCUGACAUUGGAUACACUGCAUCUCAACUCGUUUAUGGCACGACCCUUCGACUUCCAGGAGAGUUCGUGGAUCCUUCAUCCUCUUCGAUGGACAUGGAGCUAACCUCCUACGCGAACAGGCUUACAAACGCAAUGCGUUCAGUUAAACCUGUUUCCACUCGACCACAAUCAACUGAUGUUUUCGUUCAACCUGAUUUACUACAUAGUACACACGUUUUCGUACGUCGAGACUUGCAUCGACGACCUCUUGAAUCAACAUAUGAAGGACCUUUCAAAGUUCUUCAACGCGAAUCUAAGUACUAUAUAAUCGAUAAGAACGGAACCAACCAAAGCAUCAGCAUCGAUCGCCUCAAAGCAGCGUAUUUAGAAGGAAAUCCUUUUCACGUCGAUUUUCCUUCAAUACGAUCGCACGACACAACUCCUGCACUUAUAAUACCUCAAUCGACAGCAGACACACACGUUGAUACUUUGACAGUAUCCGAAAAUAAACUCAAAACAACGCGUUCUAGAAGAGUAAGAUUUCCAGAACACUUGAACGAUUACUGCACGUAAGACACAAGUUAACAUUUUAUAUCCUCUCGAUUUUCCCUGGUACUAUAUAUAAUUUUUUAAAAAAAACCCGAAUUUAAUAUGCUUAUACAUUUUUAUUAUUUUUUUAUUUC